UAUUGAUUUAUUCCCUGUGUCAUUACCAACGUUGUGAAUAUGUCGGAAUCUGAAGAGAAUACCGAAGAAAAUGAGGACGAAGAGGAAGAAGCAGAAGAAGAGCUGGAGCAGUUGGUCGAAGAAGAAGAGGAAAAAUUUGUUUCGAUUUUUGAAAUAUUGGACGCACCUCGCGUUCUACCGGAACCGAUCACUUUAACUUUAGACCACGUUAAACAAAUUCGAAGCGAACUUGGAAUUAUAACAUUGUGUUGGCCUGACAUCAAGAAUCCUAAUUUUGAAAAUCGUAUUACAUUCCCGAAACGGUACGUUGAAAACAGUAAUAAAGAAAAAUUGCUUUUGCUGUACGCGGAGAACUUUCGAAGACAAUUUAAUCAUCUGCAUCCACAUCGCAAGCCACUUCUAUUGGCGUGCCCGAAUGAAGUAGGAGUUAUGAAAAUGGUUUGCACAACCAUUCGGCCGACCACUUUACCAUACCCCGAAAUCGAAACGUGGGAGGACUGUUCGUUGUUUGUUGGAGACCACUUCAAAUAUGAACCUCUUGAAGCUCCUACACUUCUGCCUCCCCACAUAUAUUCUCCACACACCGUGAUCUUACGUCAGCAAGGACAUAGCUUCGAAAUAGCAACGUGCCUUUGUUCGUUACUAAUCGGCCAAGGAUACGAUGCGUACGUUGUGUCUGGAUACGCUACGCAAGACGUUUCCCUAAAAAUCAUGACCAGAGUGGAUUCUCCGUUCCCCCCAGAAGUACAAGAGGCGUUAAUUGUUAGCGACCAAGUUGCGGAGUCGAAAUAUGCAUUAAAACCACCGAAAGAUCUGCGCAGUAAAUUUUUACUCGCCAUGGAACAGAGGGAGAUUGACAAAGUCAACGCCCAAAAGGCCAAAGAAGCCGAGGCCGAGGCGAAACGAUUAGAGGCGCUCGAGAAACCACCUUUUGACGAGUUACAUGCGCAGAGGUUGCAUAGUUGGGUUUUACUUCUGGCUGGAAGUAAAAGGGUCGAAAACAGUGUAUUUAUCGAGCCUACUACAGGUACAGCUUAUCCACUUGACUGUAAGUUUUACUUUGGAAUAGAAAGCGUUUGGAACAAUGUCAAUUACUGGGUGAACUUGCAAGAUUGCAGUAAGGGACUCGAGUAUAUCAGUUACGAUUUCUCCAAUUGGGAACACUUACUAAUUGGAGAGCCAUUUAAAUGGAGGGAAUCGCAUUUUCCGAAAGAAAUGGAAGACGAAGAAGUGGACUAUUUAACUGUCACAGAUGAAAAGCAUCUUGAUAUGCCGACACCUUGGAGUCUCAGAAUAUCUCUAUCGCAUGGCACUUUAGCUAAGCGUUUUCCCGAUGGUGUGAAGAAAACCUGGUAUAAACGAACCUACGUUGAACAAUUUGCUCCGUACAUACAGGAAGAUGGUUUGAUCGUUCGAAUAUGUCGAUAUAGAGAUUUAGAUUACUCACCUUCGGAACUGUAUGUCAUUGAAGAACAUUAUGAGAAUCGGGCUGAUAACUUAGUGAAAAUUGUGAGUGAUUCCAUGACUGGGGAUAUCUUUGAAUAUUACAGUUCGGGAAGGGAAGAUUGCAUGAAGAUGCAUCAUUACGCGUCAGGUGAUGAAGCUACCGUGGAACAACCCCGAGAUAUAGAAUUUUACCACCAUGCACGAUAUGAUGGUUUAUCUAAACUGAUUAUGCAUUCCUUGUACAUGACAGAGUACUAUGAGAAUACGGAGGAUAGAAUAUAUUAUCGCCAUAUAGAUUUCGCUCCCAGAGGGAAACCCCCACCUGGUAUUUUGGAAGGAACUCGCCGCAUCGUGGUGAAAGUUUGCGAGAAAUUUCAUAGAAACGAAAAUAAACCGGCAUCCGAAGACGUCGCCAUACGCGAAUUUGCCAUAACUGAUCGCGAAAUUCGCAUAAAAUACCACUACGAGGAGGGAAAAGUGACGGCAUCGACACGGGAUUUUUUCAAGUCAUUGGCCGAUAUGGGAGACGAGUUGAAGUUUUCUCCGGAAUUAACCGUUGGAUAUCAAGCGGAAAUCGGAGCCAAGCCUCCAAGACAGUUAAAGCUGUUUUACUUAUUUGAACAACAAUUGAAGGAAGAAGAGAAGGUCUUGUACCACAUUAGAGAAAUUGAAGAUCAAAUAACAGAGGUCUUAAAAUUGCGAUGCAUGGAAAAUGCCUUCACGAAACUGAAGGUUUCAUUAUUUAAUAGAGAGUAUAAUCAAGAGCACAGACGUGGAAUGCUUGAAAGAGAGCAACAAGAAAAGGAAUACCGGGAGCGCGAGGUUGAAGAUGAGGUUGAUUAUUUAACACCCUAUUUGGCAAGGUUAGGAAAAUUGAAACGGCGGCUUUCGCGUAGCGAAGCCAUACAAGCCCGAGAUUGGUGUUUGAGGGAGUUUAAAGUGUUACUAUUGGAUCGAGCCAUUGACAUUCAGAAUCAGUUUGAAACGGUAUCACAAACGUUCCAAAAUAAGCAGCAAUGGCACACAGCAGUACGAGACACUUUGAGUAUUGAAGAAGAAGCUGCGUAUUUUGAAGAGAUGAAUGAACUAACGUUUUUACUACGGACACUUGAAAUUCGGUUGAUGCGCCAUAAGGAUUUGUCACCCUAUAGGUAUGAAAUAUUGGAAAAUUACUUGAAUAUUCAUCCGGUUCUUGAGAGCUUGCAAAAUUAAUGAACUUCGAGAAGAAAAUAAAGCCUGUAAAUGUAUUUAAAGCGUAUUAUUUAAUGAUUUUGACCAGAGUAAUCAACCACCAUGGUAGCGG